CUGUUCCAAGGGAAAGACGACGACAAAGGAUCCAGAGCUGAAGCCCGAGCUUCCACCCGUACAACAACUGUUCUUGAACCCGAGCACGAGGUCGAGCCGGACCUGAACGGUCCGGUGCUCCCCCAGCCGACUACCCCAACUCUCGCGAAGUACUCCACCACGACCUCCAAACUUCGAGUCGUCACGCGCGAUAUCGCCCAGUCGACGUUGCAGCGCCUCAUCGACGGCUACGAUGACAAGCCCGGCGGCGGCUACCCUGCUGAAUUCCGGCAAGACGGCUGCCUAGUUGUGCAGAAGAAGCGUAUCUGGAACGCAAAUACCGACAAAGACGCUCCCUGA